GACAUGGAUCUGAAACUCAUUUCUACCUUUAUGUGCUUUGUCCUGUUUCAUUCAUCAAGAACAUUUGGUUAUGACCAUUUCACUAAGCAAAGCGAUUUAGAAACUUAUAUAGUACGUCUUGAGUUUCCUAAUGAUCAAGUUUUCUCUAAUUCGAAUGAUUUACAUCUCUGGCAUCAAUCAUUCUUGCCUACAACAAAUUCGAAUCAUUCAUCGCGCAUUUUAUAUUCUUAUCACCAUGUGUUUAACGGUUUUGCUGCUAUGUUGUCAUCAGACGAAGUGAAAGAAAUGGAAAAGAAGUCCGGUUUUGUGUCUGCACGUCCCCAACGGGUAUUUCAAAUGCACACCACACACACUCCAAGUUUCCUUGGCUUGCACCAGACUGUUGGCCUUUGGAAUUCAUCACAUUCAGGUAAAGGUGUGAUUAUUGGUGUAUUAGAUUCUGGAAUUGCUCCCCAACAUCCUUCAUUUAAUGAUAGUGGAAUGCCUUCUCCACCUGAUAAAUGGAAAGGCAAAUGUGAAUUCAAUGUUACAACUUAUUGUAACAAGAAGCUUAUCGGAGCAAGAAAUUUUGCGCAACCGGAUAUGCUUCCUUCAGACGAAGAUGGACAUGGGACUCAUACUUCUAGCACGGCGGCGGGGAACUUUGUGGAUGGUGCCAAUUUUUUUGGUCAGGCUAAUGGCACUGCUGUUGGCGUUGCGCCUCGGGCCCAUGUGGCCAUGUACAAAGUCUGUUAUGUAGAUUGUCUAGAAUACAAUAUCUUAGCUGGUCUUGAUGCUGCAAUUGAAGAUGGUGUGGAUGUGAUUUCCAUUUCACUUGGAUCAACAGAAUCUGAGCCUUUAUAUGAUGAUAAUAUAGCAAUUGGCGCAUAUAGCGCAAUGGCAAAGGGUAUUUUUGUAAGUUGCUCGGGCGGAAAUAGUGGACCGGAAAAAGGUAGUGUGAUAAAUGGAGCCCCGUGGAUUCUCACCGUUGGUGCUAGCACAGCGGAUAGAAAGAUAAGCGCGGUGGCAGUUUUGGGUAACGGAGCAAAGUAUGAGGGCGAAUCAGCCUUCCAACCAAGGAAUUUUUCACGAAAAUUGUUACCACUCGUGAAUGGUGAUUCUUGUGAAUUGUUGAAUACAAGUUAUGUAAAGGGUAAAAUAGUGUUGUGUGAUACAAGCGGUUUCUCGUCUAAAACAGAAAAAGGAGGAGUAGUGAAAAAUGCGGGUGGUGCUGCCAUGAUCCUCAUGAACCUAAAAGAUCGUGGCUAUACAACAUUUUCAGAUCACGAUGUCCUUCCCGCGACACAUGUUAGUUACAGCGAUGGACAAAAGAUCAUAAACUAUAUGAAAUCAACAUCAACACCAGUUGCAACUAUAUCGUUCAAGGGAACGAGAAUUGGAGAUAAGCACGCGCCAACGGUUGCUUACUUUUCUUCUAGGGGACCAUCUAUGAUAACCCCGAGCAUACUAAAGCCCGACAUUAUUGGGCCCGGAGUUAAUAUCCUUGCAGCGUGGCCAACCUCUGUAGGGCUCGCGACAACAUCUACAUAUUCAUCUUCAUCGACGUUUAACAUUAUUUCUGGCACGUCAAUGUCUUGCCCUCACCUUGCAGGAGUUGCAGCAUUGCUAAAAAGCGCACAUCCAGAUUGGUCUCCAGCUGCAAUUAAAUCCGCAAUCAUGACCACAGCUGACCUCGUCAACCAUGGAAAACAUCCAAUUCAGGACGAAAGACUCGAACCUGCUGAUCUACAUACAAUCGGAUCAGGACACGUGAAUCCAUCAAGAGCAAAUGAUCCAGGACUCAUUUACGAUAUCCAGCCCAAAGAUUACAUCCCGUACUUAUGUGGCUUGAACUAUACGGAUGAUCAAGUCAGCGCCAUUGUGAAAAAGAACGUACAUUGUACGUCAACCACACCUCAAUCGGAAUUGAACUACCCUUCAUUUUCUAUUCCUAAGGAAUCGAGUGCUCAAACGUAUACGAGGACUGUGACUAACGUUGGUGAAGCAAUUUCAACUUACACAGUUAAAGUGUUUGGACUCGAAGGUGUCGAGGUGACUGUUAAUCCUAAAAUCUUGAAGUUUACAGCGUUGAAUCAGAAGGCGUCAUAUAAUGUAACAGUUAAGUCGUUAUAUCUUACAGGCCAUUCCCAAGGAUACAUAAUUUGGUCUUCUGCUAGGCAUUCCGUUAGAAGUCCAAUAGAAGCAAGCACAUUAUGGUGAUUUAAUUGAUCGGAUUUGUUAUAAGAGAUGACUUUUUCAUUAUAAUU